AUGUCAACUUCUAUGAUCUCAUCUCAAGCUAAAUUGAGAAUCCAAAGCCUUGCUAAACCAGACGGCUCUUUUCAUUGGUCUUUCGGAUCUGAGCAAAGAUCAUCCUCGUCGUCUACGUAUCCAUCUUAUGAUUUAUAUGUAAAUGGUACAAUUAUUGAUAUAAGGGAUGAUGAAUUCUGGAGUGCGCUAUUCAGCUGUGACGUGCUUAAGAAACUGGACGGAAUUGGAAUCGGCGACCGCGACCGUGCUUAUGGAAUGAGUGCUGGAGGCCUACACGUACUCCUCCCUCAUCUCGCUCGGUUAGCUACACCUUCAUCAAUUCCGUACAAGCCGUUCAAUUGGUUCGUUUCCUUUAAUCAAGACUUCAGCUCCAAGAAUGACUAUAUGCAAUUCAUGUCAAUAAUAGCAUCGCUUAUCCGUCAAAAUCGUUUACUUACAGUGAUACUCCCGCGUGCUGAUGGGCCUUUGAAUAAACAACUAUUUAUGGAUGAGGUACCUGAAGCUAGUCUAGACGUUGCUCACGCAAUUCUUGUUACUCAUUCUCUUAUAUCACUACACUGGCCAGGUGCGAUAGGUGUCAAAGAUGCUUCGCAUUAUAACGACUUACAUGUAUGCCAUCCUAAACAACUUUCACAAGUGUUGUUUGCUGCUUUAGAAAAGAAUGUUUCUCUCACUGAAGUCGAUUUUUAUUGCGGUUGUUUUGAUAGAUAUUCUGGUUUUGAUAAUAUUCUAAAGCCAUUGCUUGCACGUAAUAAAGCACUACCUUCGAUGAACGCUGAUGUCGCUGCCGGUCAUGUCGACGGUAAAUGGGAUUCUAGUUGCCCAUCUGAUCUCGUACGUGAUUUAGUCGCUGCUAAGUUCAACAUACACCGUUCUUUUUUCAACAGCACUGGAGAUAUGUGCUUUUGUGAGUCAUGCCAUAAAAUGUCAGGCAACAAGUCAAUGUACUCACGUGGCAUCCCACCUUCUCGCUAUGCAAUACCAAUAGGCUGGGUCAGAAUCGGUCUGAAAGUACACGAAGGGCUUGCUGAGAGCAAUGAGAUAUUCAAGAAAUGGCACAUUUCAUAUCAUGGAACUACAGCCAACAGUAUAGAACCCAUAUUCCGCGGCGGAUUACACUUACUAAAACCUGGUGAUGUGGCAUUGGGUGGAGCAGCCAUAGGUGUUAGACCUGGUCACAUUCCUCAAGUAAUUAGUCGAACGAAUCGUUACACAGGUAUGAAUGAAUUGUUUGAUAUUAACCAAAUAUUCACAUCACCAUCUAUUCGUUAUGCAUCACAUCCUGCUUAUGCACAACAAUUUAUUGUCGAUCAUCCUCAACGUGCUGGUGUACUACUCGGAAUGCGAUUUGUGUUUCAAUGUCGCCAGCGUCCUGGCUCUUACACAAUUGGGCAUGAAACAGUUGGCGCGCGCGACAUAAAACUAGAUCCGCACUUUGAUAACAACGAACUCGAAUGGUAUACUAAAGAGAGCGCAGGAAUAGUUCUAUUUGGCCUAUGUGUGCAAGUAAGAUGCAUAUCUCAGCGGCCCACAAAAUAA